CAAGGAUAAUCCUUGUUAUGCCAGCGAGGUGCCGCCGCAUUCAUUUUAUCUCUAGGCAGCAGCUUUCAUCUCCUUCUCUAAAAACAACUCAUCAAAUUCGAAAUCCGUACGAAACUACACAAACAAGCUACUACUAAGGAUGCCUCCUCCUGUCCUUAAUCUACCCAAGGAUGUUUUCUUAUGCAUCCUUGAGAACCUCGACUUCCCGGCCAUAUUCUUCCUAAAGAUGACCUGCAAGCCAUUUUACCACUUCUUCAUCCCAAUUACGCCGCCCUUCACGGACAACAUGCUUCGCGAAGCCGAGGCGCAUCCAGUAUUCAAGCAGCGAAACUUGCACGCCUGCUUCGACUGCCACCGCCUCCGCCCCGCCUCCGCUUUCGGCGACAAAAUGUUGCUGCCCAAAGAGCAAAAAGGAGUAUUACCUCCGCAAUUCUGCUGGGAUUGCGGCCUCGACCCUCCGCCUGGCGCUUUGGUUAAGAAUCUCAUUCUGACGGUUUUUUGCAUUAAUUGCGGAGAACCGAAGUCCAGAAUGCAUCUGGAGGAUGGGUCGCCGACGAUGUUUUGUAAAGAGUGCUUUUAUGCGGUGUUGCCGCGGUGUGAAGAGCAAGGGAUAAGCCCGCAGGUCCGGAGGGCAAUGAUAGAGACUCGGUAUGGUGCUGAGUGAGCUGUUGGGCGGUCGAAGAAACCUUUGUGCGAUCGGGCUGCAAGAAUUUGACAGAUUAAGAGCUCCGCUCAGGACGAGACGAGGCUCUUUGUCCAUUUGAGCUGGCUUUUAGUCUUUCUUGGGAUGACAGCUUACCAUAAUCCUCAACGGUUUUACCUCCAGUGUAAACAAGAUUCGGGUCUCCAUCCACGGACAUUAACUUUUCUGGAUCUAUACCCAGCAUGGAUGGUUAAUACUCUUCACGCCUAUAGUCCUUGGAAAGAUCUUCAAGGACGGGUAGAGAUCGUUUAAUUUUAAGCUGAUUGACAGCUGUUUGUUGUCUCGAACAGUUUCUGGGAUGGUGUCUUGGGGCAACUUCCAUGU